CACACAGACAUAUCACCCUCCACUUCCCCUUCUCCCCUCCUCCCUCUCAAAUUCAUGGAAAUCCUCCACCACGUCGCUUCCCUCUACCACAGCGUCAGCCACAUCAAACACACGCUCGGCACAGCCCACGACGAAAUGUCCAGUUCCGCUUUCCACCGCGCCACAGAAACGGUCGAGUUUCUACGCCUCAAAUUGCCCGAGCAAUUGGCACGGCCGCGCGUCGCGAUUGUGUGUGGAAGUGGGCUAGGCGGGCUGGCGAAGACGGUGAAUCCUGGCACGACCGAGGUGUGGGAAUACAAGGAUGUGCCGAAUUUUCCGUUGAGUACAGUACCUGGCCAUGAAGGCAAGCUAGUAUUUGGAACUAUGGGACCCCAGGGUAAUGAGAUCCCAGUGGUACUACUCGUGGGAAGGGCACAUUUCUACGAAGGUCACUCCAUGGAAGAUGCAUCAUUCGCCACCCGCGUCUGCAAAGUUCUUGGUGUCGAAACCAUCAUCUUGACGAAUGCUGCGGGCGGGUUGAAUCCCGAGUACAGUGUCGGCGAUUUGGUCUUGCUGAACGACCACCUCAAUCUUGCAGGUCUAGUGGGCUUCCACCCGCUGCGAGGCGCCAACGAGGAAGAGUUCGGGGUUCGCUUUCCGCCCCUGAGUGAUGCAUACGACAUUCACCUACGCCAGCUUGCCCAUCGAAGCUGGAAUGACUUGCGUCAGGAAAGCCCCAGUCAACGCAGGAUGCACGAAGGUGUGUAUGCCUUUGUUGCAGGGCCGACGUACGAGACGCGAGCAGAGUGCAGGAUGUUGCGGAAUUUGGGUGCAGAUGUGGUCGGCAUGAGCACUGUUCCCGAGAUCGUCACCGCGAGACACUCCGGCCUGCGAGUGCUCGCUUUCAGUCUGGUGACGAACAAAUCGGUGCUGGAGCCGACAGUACGCGCAGACCAUCCAGAGCUGCAAGGGUUGAGCAGAGAAGAGCUCGAUCGGCACCUUGGUCAGGGUGCCGCCAACCAUGAGGAAGUGCUCGAGGCUGGCCGAGAAGCGGCUUUGGACAUGCAAAACCUCGUGCUGCGUAUUGUCACGCAGUUGUGAAGCUGCCAUGAGGGCAUUGUAGAUGAGCAUAGCGCCAGGCUUCUCUCGGCGUAGAGCGUGAACGCCAAGGAUAGACAGCACACAGUGGACAUUGCUGUCUCAUCCAGAACCUUUCUUGACGCCAGCCUUGCGCUUCUCUUUU